AUGUGGCCCAGCAGUUUUUGUGGAUCCCCACUGAAAAUUCCAGACUCAUCCACCGUACCCCCAUUACAAUGUCCAGACAAUCCUGCGUUUUGUAUGCUGGACCUUCUCAAAUCAUGGGAAGAAUUAAGAAUUACUGAGACGAAUGCAACAAAUGUCUUAUUACCAGUUGUGUACUACUCCAAAGGCUCUUUAAUAACUCUUUGUGAGAGCUAUUCGAAUAUCGAAGAGAAAUGUGGUCUUGGAAGAUGCCAUGUGGAUAGUCCAGUUGCCAGUUUUGUCACUCGACACUUCUCCGUAGUAUGUCGGAAGGACGUGGCAACUAAGUACUUCGAAAACCAGCCAUGUAUUACCUCCACACUUGUUCCUUCAAAAUGCACAUCCUUGAUUAAUGAAGAGCCUAAAAUAGGAGGAGAAUUAUUCUGUCCAAAAUUGGACGAAUUUGUGACAUGCGUCGAGGAACCGUUGAGAACAUCCUGUGGAAAUGUGGCUUAUGCAUUGGUAAUGAAGACUAUCGAGAAAUAUGGAUGCCCAUCCAAAAUUGAAGUGACAAGAGUCAAUGAGUUUCUGAGUCUUGGUGUGGAUGCAUCAACAGUUGUGGUAUCUGAAAACGCAGUUAUGAAUAGUCCCAAAGAACCAGAAGUGAAUAUGCUCGUGACUACAUCAUUGGAAGUAGAGGAGGAGAAGACAACUCCUAAGUUUAUAAAAGAAGAAGUCACUUUAGCUCCAGAAUCGAAAAAUACGGAAAAAUCGGUCCCACAAACUCCAGCUACUGAGUUUAUCGAAGAUCAGAUAAUUGCAAAAAUCAAUGAUGUGGGUUCAGAAGGUUCCGGAGAAGUGAAUCCAGAAGUCAACACGACAGAGAAACCGACAACUACCGUCGAGGUGACAACACAAGAAACUUUCGGAACUAGAAAACCAAGAAAACAUUUUAAUGCAGAAAAUAUGACAGAUUGCUAUACGAGUAUUGUUGGAGACUUUGGUCGUUUUCUUCACUCAUCUCCAAUCUCUUCAUUCGUCCGUUUCCCUCUUUUUGGAAUCAAACAAAUGGAGCUAGAAGUGUUGUGUGCAAAAUUUGAAGUGGCUACAGAAUGUGUAAACAGCUUCUGUGUUGGCAACUGUAGACUGCCAGCUAUUAAAAGUUUUGUUGAUUCUCAACUCAAAGAAACAUGUGCCAUGAGGGAUCUUCCGGAUUUCGGAUUGGAAUUCACGUGUCUUCAGAAUGUGUUGAAAGAGAAUACGGAGUGUGUUAGCUUUUUGAACUCUACAAAUGCAAAUCGAUGUGAUGGACAUCCUCAAUUCAGAAGUUGUAUUGUAGAUCGUUUGAUAGAAGAAUGUUCAGAAGAGACUGUCCGAUUAAUGGAUCGAAUGGAAAAUGGGUUCGGAUGCAAAACUCUUCUAGAGCAAGAUAUUCAAGAAGAGGUAGAUGGUAGUGGGGAAGUUGUAGAAGGUUCUGGUGGGGCUCCCCAAAUCCUCGAAAGCAAAGAUAUGCAGAAUCGGGGAAUUCCGACUUUAGGAAAUCUGACAGAUGAGAAGCUUCUAACAGGCGACUCUGAAAUUAAACCGCGAACUUGUGAGGGAAUAGUAAAAACGUCUGCACUCUCUUGCCUUGCUCCCCUUCUUCGAUUAUGGACUGGAAUUAAAGAAAACCGAAAGGACACUGAAGUCGUAUUUCCUAUUUUCGAAUUUUCCAAAGUUGAACUUCUGGAGCUAUGCGACUCCUUCGCCAAUUACAGAAAUUGUGUAAAGUACACAGAUACGUCGGUCUGUAGGAGUGAACCUGUGAUAAGUUUCGCUGAAGAACAUUUUGGACAAGUGUGUACAACUCAGCAGAUUGAGGCAUCAAUGAGAACUCAUGAUUGUAUAAAUGCUAUUGAUUCAAGGAGUAUGGCAGUGUGUCAGAAGUUCAGCAGAGGAGAUACAUUGCCAGGAAAGAGAAAGUGUGCAAAAGUGCGACGUUACACAAAAUGCCUCCGGAAAUUGGUCUCCACAUCAUGUGGUCAUCUGAUGUUGGCUCAAUUUGAUAUGAUUGUAUACCGAUUUGGAUGUUGA